AUGCCUCUUUUUGGUAAAAAGGAUUUUGGUAGAAAAUCUAAAAAAGAUGCCCGGGAUUCUGAAAAGCAACCAUCCAUCGAGGACAAAUACAUAGUUAAGGAUCUAUUGGGCACAGGUGCCUUUUCCGAGGUACGUUUAAUAGAGAGCAAAGAAAAUGGACAGAUGUUUGCUUGCAAAAUUAUAGACAAGAAAGCUUUAAAAGGAAAAGAAGACUCCUUGGAGAAUGAGAUUCGAGUUCUGAAGAGAUUUAGUGAGCAGGCGAAAGGCGAAGGCGGGGAGAAAAAGAUGUUUUCUCAUCCUAAUAUCGUCCAGUUGUUGGAGACAUAUGAAGAUAAAAAUAAAGUUUACCUUGUCAUGGAGUUGGUAACAGGUGGUGAGUUGUUUGAUAGAAUUGUUGAGAAAGGAUCUUAUACGGAAAAAGAUGCUUCUAAUCUAAUAAGACAGGUAUUAGAAGCAGUUGAUUACAUGCAUUCACAAGGAGUUGUGCACAGAGAUUUGAAGCCUGAAAAUCUUCUUUAUUAUAGUGCAGAUGAGGAGAGCAAAAUUAUGAUUAGUGAUUUUGGUUUGUCUAAAAUUGAAGAUUCAGGAAUUAUGGCUACUGCUUGUGGAACACCUGGUUAUGUUGCACCUGAAGUGUUGGCACAAAAACCGUAUGGAAAAGCUGUUGAUGUGUGGAGUAUAGGGGUUAUAUCAUAUAUUCUGCUCUGUGGUUACCCACCAUUUUAUGAUGAAAAUGAUGCGAAUUUAUUUGCACAGAUUCUAAAAGGUGAUUUUGAAUUUGAUUCGCCUUAUUGGGAUGACAUCAGUGAAUCUGCUAAAGAUUUCAUACGACAUUUGAUGUGUGUGGAUGUUGAGAAGAGAUACACUUGCAAACAAGCUUUGGCUCAUCCAUGGAUUUCGGGUAAUGCUGCUAGUAACAAAAACAUUCAUGGUACAGUAUCUGAGCAGCUUAAGAAGAACUUUGCCAAGUCACGUUGGAAACAAGCGUACCAUGCAACAACCGUUAUUCGACAAAUGCAGAAAAUGAUUCUCAGUAGCAGCAGCACAAGCCGCAAUUCCAAUCCUCAGCCUAAACAAUAA